UUGAGAGGAGGCGAAAAUGGUACGGCCCAAACAAUAUGGCGGCGGGGCCUGAGUAGGCGGCGGGCGCGUCAGGCCACGAGAUGGGGGAAUGGCAGAGGAUCUUUGCUCACCAUCGCGCUGUCCCGCCGCAUCACCAGCGGAGGCGGCACCAAGCGCCCCGGGAAUCGACGGCGUUCCAGUGUGUCCUGAAGCGGGUGGAGGGGGACGUCCUGAGGCAGAGAACGCUGGGCAAUGUGGCGGAGAUGGAAUUCCAGCUGCGCCUUUCCCUCUUCGAUGCCUCCUACCGCCACUUCUUCGGGAAGACCUGGAGAAGCGACACACAGCCCCUCAAAGCCAUGGCAGGGCAGCCCCCCACAGUCACCUUCAAUGAGCGGAUGAUCGAAACUUUCUGA